AUGGGGGUUUUCUCGACUGCCAAAGAUCGCUUAUUGCGAAAACACAGAAAAAAAGGAGAUCCAAGAGUAGCAGACAGUGACGAUGUUUCAGUUUCGGCUUCAACAGCGCCGGAUACCAAUCUCGCUGGCUCCUCAACUUCACACUCCACUCCCGAUUUACCGUCCUCUGCUUCGCUUUCUGAUCAACCCAUGCCGGUAGACGCGCCGCCAAUGGAAACAAGAAAAAGUCAAGGGAACCGAAACGAUCUCUGGUCCGAAGCCUUUGUCAUUUUUCAGGAGAGAGAUACAGACCAGGAGCUGCUCACAGCCUAUACAAAUUAUCUGGCCUCUUUACAGGGUCAAGGCGCAUCUGCCAGCAUAGAUUUCUCAAGUCCAGAAUCUGUGGAAGGGGUUGUCAGAACGCUAUUGGCAGAUCGAGAGCAAAAGCAGUGGAAGUUCCAUAUUCGGAACCACAGUAUCAGCGUGCGAGAGCAAAUUGAGAAGUUGGGGAGAUUUCUCCUCUGGUCUGAUUCCGUCGUGCAGACUGCUGUCAGUACCCAGCCACUUGCAGCACUGGCAUGGUCUGGCGUCUCCUUGAUUCUCCCACUCAUUUUGAGCGGUACUACAGAGAAAGAGGAUAUGGCGAACGGAUUGGAAGGUAUCGGGGAGCUUCAAAUGUUCUGGCACAUCUUCGAGACAGAGUAUCUCGAAACCGAUCGUCGAGAGCAUUAUGAGAACCUCAUCCAUCCUUUAGCAAAACUCUAUUCGUAUUUCAUUGAAUACAAGGCUCGAGUCAUCUUCCAUCUUACGAGUCCCCAGCACUCCCGCGCAUGGCAGGAUGUGCAAGGAUCAAACGCGUGGACAGAGAUGAUGGAAAAGAUUAGCAAGAGCAAUGAAUCCUGCCGCAACUUGCUCCAAAUCACGGUAAAAUCCAAAAUUCAGGAUAAUCGAAAUCAUAUUUUGCAAGAGAUUCGAACAUCGCGUGCCACCCAAGAAAAAACCCUCCAGCAUCUAGAGGAGAUUCAGAAAGACCACAGGGAACAGGAAUUGCUGCAUGCGUUGGCCAAAGCUGCAAAUAACUACGAGGAAAACAUGCGUCGGAACCCACUUAGAGUCCGCGGAACCUGCGAGUGGAUUUUGGAGAAUGAGGAGUUUGGCCAGUGGCGCGAGAGCAGCUCAGGCGUGCUCUGGGUCUCAGCAGGCCCUGGCCGUGGCAAGUCAGUUUUGUCGAGAUCGCUGAUAGACGAGAAACAUCUGGAUAUUAGCACGAUAACCAUCACGUCCGCUAAUGUUCUGACCAGCCCACCAUCCGUUGUUGCCUACUUCUUUUUCAAAGAGGGUGCUGGUGGCGAUAUGGAUGGUGCCCAGGCGCUGUGUGCAAUACUUUGGCAGAUCUUCUGGUCUCCUUCCACCCUUGAAUCGACCACAUUGAUUAAACAUGCGUUGCCAAGGUACAAGGCAAGAGGCGACUCCCUUGUCACAAACUUUUUCGAGUUAUGGCAAAUUCUGGUGGCGUGUGCCACUGACCCGGGUGCCGGUGAAUUAGUAUGUGUCAUGGAUGCGUUAGACGAAUGUGAAAAGGAAAGCGCACACCAGAUCAUUGAAACUCUUUAUGACUUCUACAGCUCAGACCAGGCGUUAGCAGGAUCUAAACUCAAAUUCCUUAUCACAAGUCGUCCGCUUCAAGACCUGCAAGAUCGCUUUGAUGGUUUAUCAACCACCAAAAGGUAUCUUCAGCUUGACGGCGAAAGCCAAUCUGAGCAAAUUCGGCUUGAGAUUGAUCUAGUCAUUGACGAAAAGGUUGAGGGCAUCACAAAGGGCUUCACCGAAAGCGAUCGAGAAAAGAUUAAGACUCGUUUGAAAGGCAUGCAGAGUCGCACAUACCUCUGA